AUGAAGAUUGCAGAUCUUGGUACAGGGACAGGGAUCUGGGCCCUCCAACUAGCUCCUACUCUGCCUCCAAACUCCAAGGUCGUCGGUUACGAUAUCUCAGAUGCCCAUCUUCCUAAUCAGGAGUAUUGGCCUUCAAACGUUACGUUUGGGGUACUUGAUUCGAUGAAUGAUGUCCCUGAAUUUCUUGAAGGUCAAUUUGACGUGGUGCAUAUCCGCAUGUGGGCUUACAUUCCCCGCGAAAAUGAUCCGAGCCCUCUCAUUCGCCACGCUGCUAAAUUACUCAGACCUGGAGGAUACCUUCAAUGGGAAGAUGCGCGAUUCGGUAGCUUCGUAACAAGAGGUGACGCUGCACGCGAGAUUCGAAAUAUGCUAGAUCGUGUACAUCUUCCUUCAAAACUUGACUUUCAAUGGCUUGAGGAACUCGAUCAACAUGUACAGAGCGCCGGCGUGGGAUUGGAAGUAGUUGAUGCUCAGUACGGAACAUGGGCGCCGCAUCUUCGACCACUGGCUAUCAGUAACGCUAUGCUUGCUAUGCAGAAUCUCGGGGCGGCUUUGGAUGAUUUGAGGCAAAAGUUUCCGUCGAUCCCUAGUCAGGCUGAAUGGUUGAACAGCUUAGAGCCUUUAGAUGAGAGUAUCGGGAAGAUGGAUGGUGGUCAACUUUAUUGGCCUCCAGUCACAUUACUGGCUAGGAAGGAUUCUCAAGUGUAG